AGAUUAUUAUAUAUAAUAAUAAUAAUAUUUUAUACAUAUGAAUUUAUGUAAUUUGGCACUAUUACACUAUCAUGUAUUUAUUAAUCAUAGCUUUUGGCAAACAAGUCUAUAUUAUGCACUGUUUUGUAGCACAGAGACCAAGUGAAAGCCUGUUUUGGUUUAAACAUGGGGAGGCAUCGUAGCACAGAAAUGUUAUUCUUCCUGGUUCUUCUCUGUGUAUGCAUAUCAAACAUGAGUGGUAUUACCUUUGGCUGCAUCGAAAAAGAGAGACAAGCUCUCCUAAACUUGAAACAAAGCUUUCAAGAUCCUUCACACAAGUUGUCCUCCUGGCAAGGUCAAGAUUGCUGCCAAUGGAAAGGAGUAGCCUGCAAUGAAACCACGGGUCAUGUUGUCAAGCUUCAUCUCAGAUCCUCAUCAAUGGAUUAUCCAUUUUCACCUUAUUCUGAUGAUACUACUCAUCUGCCUGACUUACAAGCUAAUGAGUUGAGCUCUAAUUUGUUGGAGCUGCAACAUCUCAACUACUUGGAUCUCAGCGGAAACAACUUCAGUUAUAGCAAGAUUCCCAACUUCUUUGGCUCAAUGAAGAAUCUAAAGUAUCUAAAUCUGUCUCAUGCAUAUUUGGGUGGAUUGAUUUCUCUUCAAUUUGCAAAUCUUACUAGCUUGCAAGUGCUUGAUCUUCGAGGUCUUUAUGAUGUUAGUACUCGUACUUUCCAGUGGGCUUCAAAUCUUUUGUCUCUCCAAUACCUUGAUCUGAAUUCGGUAAGUUGUUCGAAUGCAUCAGAUUUAAUGCAGGUACUUACCAACCUUCCUUCUCUGUCACAUAUCAGCCUAUCUGUUUGUGGAUUAAAUAUGGUCAAUUUUCCUUGGCGUUCGAUCAAUUCCACCUUCUCUGCUAGUGUUCGAUAUCUAGACCUUUCCGGGAAUCAACUUGAAAGUUCAAUUCUUAAUGUUCUAAAAAAUCUGACUUCUCUUGAAGUACUUGAUCUUUCGUUCACCUUCUAUGCUACUAGUUCCUCAAUUCCAACCUGGUUGGGUGAUCUUAAGAGCCUUGUUUACCUUAAUCUGGCAUCGAAUAAUUAUGAUAGCUUUGAAGGAGAAGGUGGCUUGCUGUACAUAAUAAAUAAUGCUUGUUCCUUGAAGGUAUUAGAUUUGUCAUUUAACAAAAUUAGAGAAGUGUUAGAGCCUCAUCGAAAUUCAAGAAAAUGUGUCAAAUAUAAUCUAGAGAUAUUACAUUUAGAGCAUAACGAAAUGGGUGGUCCUUUGCCUGAUUGGUCAGAGCAACUAAAAUUUUCAAGAUACCUUGGCCUUUCCCAGAAUUUAUUUCAUGGUCCAAUACCAUCAUCAAUUGGAAAACUUUCAUUUUUGAAAGUAUUAGAUCUAUCCGUCAAUCAAUUAAUAGGGUCAAUUCCAGAAUCUUUGGGAAGAUUGUCAGUAUUAAAGAGGCUAGAUUUGUCAUCUAACAAUUUGAAUGGGGUCAUUCCAGAAACAUUGGGAAAAUUAUCAGUAUUAAAGUGGCUAGAAUUGUCAUCUAACAAUUUGAGUGGGGUCAUUCCAGAAACAUUGGGAAAAUUAUCAGUAUUAAAGUGGCUACAUUUGUCAUCUAACAAUUUGAGUGGGGUCAUUCCAGAAACAUUGGGAAAAUUAUCAGUAUUAAAGUGGCUACAUUUGUCAUCUAACAAUUUGAAUGGGGUCAUUCCAGAAACAUUGGGAAAAUUAUCGGUAUUAGAGGAGUUAUAUUUGUCAUAUAACAAUUUGAAUGGGGUCAUUCCAGAAACAUUGGGAAAAUUAUCGGUAUUAGAGGAGUUAUAUUUGUCAUAUAACAAUUUGAAUGGGGUCAUUCCAAAAACACUGGGAAAAUUGUCAUUGGUGAGGGUUAUAGAUCUUUCUAGAAAUCAAUUAAAUGGAAGCUUGCCUAAAUCAAUUGGAAAAUUAGAAUUCCUACAAUCCUUGGAUAUCUCAUCAAAUUUAUUGGAAGGUAUUGUAUCCGAGGAUCACUUUGCUAACCUUACAAGGUUGGAAAGGUUGCUCAUUGAUUCCAACAAUUUCUCGUGCCAAGUUAAUUCAAAUUGGAUCCCUCCUUUUAGUCUCUAUUACAUCAACAUGGCCUCUUGCAAAGUUGUAGGGUCUCAUGGAGUCCCCCAAUGGCUUCAGACACAAAGGGAAGUCUUUGAAUUGAAUCUCUCAAAUGCUAAUAUUAUUGGAACAUUUCCAAAAUGGCUUCAGAACAUGUCAAGCAUCAGCUCUCUGGAUCUCUCUAUGAACCAAAUCAGCGGGCACCUACCUGUGAAUAUUGGUUCUUUGUCUAUUCUGUGGUAUCUAUAUCUUGGCAACAAUCUGAUAAAUGGUUCACUUCCAGAGUCAUUAUGUGAACUAGAAUCUUUGCAAGAACUAGAUCUUUCGAGAAACAAGUUUUCUGGGAUAUUGCCUAAUUGUUGGAGAGGGAGCCAAACCGUGGAUGUCAUCAAUCUAUCACACAAUAAGUUGUCAGGGACUAUUCCAAGCUCAAUGGGGAACUUAUCACAACUGUCGCGAUUGCAUAUGAAUAAUAAUAACUUUAAUGGGGAACUUCCAUUGGCUUUGAGGGGUUGUUCUGAAAUGAUGCUUCUUGAUCUUGGCGACAAUAACUUUUCAGGACCUCUACCAACUUGGAUUGGAGGACAUAGCUUCCGGGACAUAAUAAUUUUGAGGUUCCGCAAGAAUAUGUUUAGUGGAAGUAUCCCUUUAAAUUUUUGCAAGCUCUUGGCACUGAGCAUUUUAGACCUUGCAAAUAACAAUUUGAGAGGAGAAAUUCCUCAUUGCUUUGGAAAACUCACUGGAAUGAUGGUAAAAGAUUAUCCACAAGUGAAUGGAAGUAUGGGUGAUGCGAAGGUUUCACAAGUGAUAAAAGGAAGAGACUUAGAGUAUACAAAAACACUGCUACUUCUUGAUAAUUUGGACCUCUCAAGCAAUAAGCUAGUUGGGAUAAUUCCAAAAGAGCUAUGUUUGCUAUCUGCCUUGCGUGGUUUGAAUUUGUCCCAUAAUCAUUUGUCAGGCAAUAUUCCUAACAAUAUUGAAGAGUUGAAGUCCUUGGAGUCUCUUGACCUUUCAAACAACAAACUUUUUGGUGAAAUUCCACAAAGUAUGUCCAAAUUGUUAUCACUAGACAAGCUCGACUUGUCUUACAACAAUUUGUCAGGCAAAAUUCCAACAGGACCUCAACUUCAAACACUGAAUGAUCCAAAUAUAUAUGCUGGCAACGAUGAACUAUGUGGAACCCCAUUGCCAAAGAAAUGUUUUGGAGAUGAUGAUCGAAGAAAAAAUGCCCACGAAGAUGAUGACGACUACAAAGAUAGUAGGAUCGAAAGAAUAUGGUUUUACUCUGUGGUAACACUUGGAUAUGCAGCUGGAUUAUGGGGAGUAAUUGGGAGUCUGGUUUUCAACAGAAACUGGAGGCAUGCUUUUUUUUGUUUCACUGAAAACACCAUGGAUUGGAUUCUUGUGAGAGUAGAAGUGAGAAUUGGGAGACUGAAGAAGAGCAUCAUGAAGUGGACCAACUAAUAAAGAUAUCUACUGAUAACAUGUAUUUCUCUAUGUGUAUGUACGUACUUCAUAGGACGAUCGAUCCUCUCAGUUUGUGUAUUUCAUCUUAAUUUAUGCUGUCUUGUAUUGUUUAAGUUGUAACCUAUUGCCACAAUAGUUUAUCAAAGAUUCCUCAUUUGCUUCAACUAUGCUCAUCUGUUGGAAUUGACAGAGAUUCCUCGUUUGCUUCAA